AUGGGGUCGGCCGAGGACGAGAUUCGGGCUCUGACCGCCGAGCUCGAAGAGGAGAAGGGCACGCACGCACUUGUCAGAUCUGAAGUGCGCGCCGCGGAGGCUCGUCUGGCGGAGGCCGAGUCAUCGCUCGCUAUCCGCGAGCAGGAGGUGGGGGAAGCUCACCUCAAGGCCCAAGAGCUCGAGACCCGAGCGGGGGUCGAGGAGUCGGAGGCGGAGACGGAAGCUCCGGCAGCUGACGGGGCUGCCCAGGAGGGCCCGGCCGAGGCACCCGAGGCUGCUCCCGAGGCCGCCGAGGCUGCUCCCGAGAUUGCCGAGGCUGCUCCCGAGGCCGCCGAGGCUGCUCCCGAGAUUGCCGAGGCUGCUCUCGAGGCCGCCGAGGCUGAG